AUGUAAUAAAUGAAUGACGAACAUCAGAAGAGACAGCGACAGCGAAGAUCACCCGCAGUCCAAACAAGCACGGAACAAGAAACCGACAGGCAAAGCAUGGAACCCCAAAUCUACACAUUAGAAACACAAGGUGCUGACCUCUCACCAACAAUGAAGUACUACAUUUGAAAACACACCAUAAUCUUCCUGAAAAAAGCAAAACAAACAAGAGAUAAUAUAAGAAAAAAGAGAGAAAGAAAGAAGAAAAAGGAUCCAGGGGCUAUAGACCAUACAAAAGUCUAAAACCCUGUAAAAGAAGAAAGAUGAUGAUGAUUACUGUCAGCUAAAGUUCACGGAAAAAAACAUUCGGAGGUUAAAUUUCAAGAUCUUUUAUAAGAAGAGAGGGAAACAGGAGGCUGAAGUCAUACAAAAAAUGUCUUUUAAGCCAGAUACCAGCCCUGCAUCACUGCUAAAUCAACUAAAUGAUCGACGUGUGACAGAACUUUUGGCAGAGCAUAUCCCGGAAGAUGAAGCAAAACUCUUAAGCAAUGGAAGAUAUACAUGCUUAGUGUGCAAUGACAGACCAAUAGCUGAUACUCUAGCAGUGUUAUCUCAGCAUCGUGUUGGAAAGAAACAUCGAUUUUAUCUUGCCAAGUUCAUGGAGAAGAAGGAAGAGAUAGAGAGGCUUAUUUUGAAACGCAAACAGGAAACAUAUUUGAAAAAUGGAACAACAGGCGACAGUGGAGCCAAGUUACAGCCUGAUAGAGUUCUGGGCCAAGCAACAGCUAGAGGCCUGUUAAAGACAUCUUCAACAUAUGAUAGUAGAAGUAGGUCAAAAUACAAACCAUACAGUCGGAAAGAAGUUCUUGAAUUUGACAGACAAGAAAUAGUAAGUACACAACAGAUGGAUAAUCCACUAGAACCGGCAAAUCCCAAAACACAAGUCAACAAAUACAUUCGUCAGUCACGAAGAAAGAGAGAUUUCACUGAUGUUGUGGAAGCUAAGAGAAAGUUAACUGUUACACCCCUUAAUAACGACUCCCCAUGUGUACCAAAACUAAAGACUCCAACAAAUACGCAAAGGGACGGCCCAGAGAGUUCUUCAGAAAUGCCCGUGCCAAAGGAAAUUGACGAGAGAACCAAAUAUUACCAGAAUUUGAGAGCCUCAGGGUGGAAGAAGGAUUUAAUGGGGAAUUGGGUCAGAGAUGAUGAUGCAGAGUUUGACAGUGAUGAUGAACCUCCAGAGGAAUAUGAAGUUAAAGUGAAAUGAAAGAAGGAUAAUGCAUAUUCAUCCAAAAUAGGUGUCUCAUUUUUGGAUGACCAGUUCAUCAGAUUGUAUAUUUUAUACAAAUGUGAAAAUAUAAGUAAUUUACCAAGA